UACCCCUCUCUGCCAUUAACGGCCGCCACAUUCAUCCCUUUCUUCCUCCCGCCCUCCAUCAUCCGCCCCUUUCAUCGCCCGAUUCCACCACCACCACCACCGCCACCACUCUUUUAAUCCCUCUUUAAACUCCGUCAGCCGUCAACAGAUUUUGGUGGGGUUAUUACCGAUUGACUUAAUCGGUUUAGAAUUUUGGGGAACCGGCCGGAGAAAUUGUUGCGGGGGUUUGAGAAUUCAUCGGAAAAGGGUACGGACGGUGCCCAUGCCGUCGGUGGAGAUGAGGAGGACUACUAGGGUUUUCGGGGCUAGGGUUUUAAGAUCAGGGCGACGAUUGUUUACCACACAAGAGGAGCUGAAACAUUUGAGAAGACCACCUCUUGCCGUUGCAGAUGCCGGUGAUGAUUGGAUUGAAUUGCUUGAUCACCACGGUGGUGGCGGUGGUGGUGGCGGUAGAGAUCUUGAGUUUAAAGAAAACGGGUGGCGUAAUUCAAAUGAAGAAAACAAGAAUGGAAAUGAUGAGGUUUCGGACAUUGAUGACGGUGAACCGGAAACCGAAAUUAAAUUGGGGGAAUCCUUGGAAGUUGAUUCUGUUGACGUUUUUUGUGAUUCCGGUGAUCACGAAAACGAAAAUCGGCGGUGGGGUGUGGUUUAUUCGAGGAAAAGGAAGAGGAGUGUAUCCGUGGAUUCCGGUAGUCUUGAGAAGGUUUCGAGUUCAGAUAAGAAGUACGGGAAGAAGUUCUUUCGGAAACAAUCGAGGAACAAGAAGACGAUCACUGAAGAAUUGUCAUUUCCAUCCGUUUCUGAAGUAUCGCCACCAAAUGCCGUCACCGAACAAACCCAAUCUCCGGUCGAGCCGACUUUAGCUGCAAAAUCUAAAUCUAGAAGAAAGAAGCUGACAACCGCGAUCAAUUUGCCGCUAAGAAAUGGUGUUUCCAUGCACCGUGGUAUCCAGAAGAGGCGGAGUUCUUUACGAUCAAGAAUCCAAAGAAAUCCGUCGAGUUUUGCUCAUCUGAAAGCGGCUGGCGGAGGUCUGGCUCAAGAUGGGGUUCCUUUCUUUCCGAUAAAAUCAAACCCGGAUAUUUCAAGGUCAAUUCGAAGAGCUAACUUUAAGGAACUCAAAUCUACGCUUGUAGAACUAACACAGGACAUAGAUUCCGCAAGUUGCAAUGCGAAUAUAUUGAUGAUAGAAUCAGACAGAUGUUAUCGAGAUGGAGGAGCUGUUAUCACCAUGGAAAUGUCUGAUUCUAAACAAUGGUUUCUUGUCGUUAAAAUAGAUGGCUUGGAAAGGUGUAGGAUCGAAGCUCAAAACGUAAUGAGACCGUGCUUUUGCAAUCGGAUCACUCACGCUAUAAUUUGGGCCACUGGUGAUGAAAGUUGGAAGCUCGAGUUCCCCGAUCGACAAGAUUGGUUCGUUUUCAAAGAACUUUAUCGGAAAUGUUCUGAAAGGAGUGUCCGAUUGCCGGCCUCAUUAGCGAGUAUAAUACCGGUGCCUCGAGUGAAUGAGGUAUCGGGGUAUGCGGAUGUGGAAUAUUCUCCGUUUAAGAUGCCGGAUUCAUAUAUCCGUUCGAGAGGCGAUGAGGUUUCGAGGGUAUUGGAAACGAGUAAUCCGGUCUACGAUAUGGAUUCUGAUGACGAGCGGUGGUUAAACGAGUUUAACAAAGAGCAUGGUUCGCGUGUUGAUGAAGAUACUUUUGAGAAAAUAAUCGAUGCUUACGAAAGAGGGAUUUAUGCCAGUCCGGUGGAUUAUUCUGAUGCGAUCUCAGCCGUUGACCGGUGUUUGACGCUGGCAUCGAAGGACGUUUUAGAAGCUGUUCAUGGUUAUUGGAUGUCUAAACGGAAGAAGAAGCAUUCGGCUCUCGUUUGCGUGUUUCAGUUUUACAAACCGAAAAAAACGGAACAACUUAAUAUCAAAGCGGUUCUACGCAAGAAGAGAUCGUUUAGACAACGAGGGAACCAAUUAGGAAGAGGAAAACAGCUAAAUUUCUUGAAAGCGGCGUUAAACGAGAAAUCCGCAGCAGAUGAUGCGCAGAACGCGACCAACAAAGUUGAAGAAACCGAAAGAGCUGCGAAGAGGGCAGAACAGGCGGCCAUCGUCAAACGGCAAAGAGCUCAACUGUUGAUGGAAAAUGCCGACUUACUAACUUACAAGGCGACAAUGGCGCUCGGGAUCGCCGAGGAGGCUCGAGCAACAUCUGGAUCGGUUACCAACGAAGUUUUUUCCGGUGAAUAGAGCUCAGGCUCGAUGCUUUGAUUUUUGCGAACCAGAAGAUGGGUCUCGUUUUGCAUCGGGUUUUUUGUACGCUUUUGGGACGGGACGGGACGGGAUGGUGACCGGAAAAGCUGGUGCUGUAACUGUUGUACAGAUCUUGAUUGCUUGUACAUUCUGCAUCAUUAGUAGUACCUUUACAACCAAAUGUUGUACAAUUGGAGAUUUGGUUUAGUUUUACUGAAGAAAGAAAAAGAGAUAUGGGUUUAGAAACCAUCUGUUUGUU